UUUCAUGUGCAAAAGCCAAUGAGAGCCGCAUUAAUCAUGUGGCUCAUGAAAUUAUCAGAAAAAGACGAAUAAAGCUCCAGCACCAAUCACUAAUCCACACAUCUUCGCCGCCGGUAGAACCCCAUCGGAAUUUCUUCAAUAUCUUAUCUUUUUAAGUAGGAAAAAGGCUGUCAAAGUAAAAUGGAUCAUGGGCUGAAUGAAUCAGAACCAAUAAAAAGUGGAUCUUUCGGUCAUAUUAGCAGUACAAAUUCGUCCUUCAGAAGGCGAUCAUUUAAUCGAUAUGGAUCAAGCCACCACGAAAUUGACGACGACAGUGUCUCAGAGGCAGGAGAUAUUGGAGAAAGGGCACUAAGUAGUCGAAGGUACAGUGAAAGUGGUCGGUCUAGGUUUUCUUUCGAUAACCCGUUAGAAACUGCGGGUUUACCUAUUCAAGAACAUUCGUUUAAAGAGUCACAGCUUCCGACUGCAUCUCCUACUUCACCGGAUGCAAUACUACUCGGUAAAGACCAAGAUGACGAAUGCAAGAAGGAGUUGCCAUGGUAUUUGACAUAUAUAUCAUCUCGCGUUCAUCUUGCUGUACUUGGCAUUCUUGGGGUAUUGACGCGGUACCUUCUUGAAAAGUUAUUUGGUCCUAAGGUCGUCGGUGCCACAGGCGAUCAUAGCUACAUGUAUAUUGAUCUUCCUCCCAAUAUGGUUGGUUCAUUCUUCAUGGGUUGGUUUGGCGCGGUUUUUAAAGCGGAUAUAUCCAACUUCUCCCCGGAGUUAGCCGUCGGGUUGACAACGGGUUACUUGGGGAGUCUUACCACAUUUAGCGGUUGGAAUCAGAAAAUGCUUGAGCUUAGUGUUGAUGGUCAAUGGGUUUUCGCUAUUCUCGGGUUUUUAUUAGGUUUGUUUCUUGUUGCCUAUUCCUUCAUAUUCGGGGUGGAGACCGCUAAGGGUUUAAAAUGGGCUUUAAACCGAACAAAGCUAAGUUCCAAGUGCGGAUUAUCUCCAAUAAAUGGCGUUACGACUCAAAUUAUAUUGAUAAUUGUGAUGGCAACCAUGCUUGGGGUGUUAUGGGGUGUGAGUGUGACAAUGUUGAAAAAAGACUUUGACGGUGAUAGCAGCACGAGUCACUUGUGGUUCGGUUGUAUUGUCGGACCGGUUGGUGUAUGGAUUAGGUUCUAUUUAGCACGAUUCAACGGUCAAGGCUUAGGAAAAGCACAAAUACUGAAAUGGAUGCCUUUCGGGACGCUAAUGGCCAAUGUAGCUGCCGCUUGUAUCAUGGCAGCCUUUGCAACGAUGAAGAAAUCCGUGAAUGACAAACAUUUUGAUACCGUGGCUACAGGCAUACAGUUCGGUUUUUGUGGUUGUUUGAGUACGGUUUCAACUUUCAUUGCUGAAUUUGAAGCCAUGAGAGCAAGCGCGUACCCUUGGCGAGCGUAUGUUUACACCUUCAUGACUAUGAUCAUCUCGUUUGCUUUAGGCACCCUCAUUUUCUCGGUACCUGUAUGGACCGAAGCCUGGUCAUAGUCUGCUAUUUUGGAUUAGCCGAAGGUAAAACUAAUUGGUUUGAACCUGAGCCGUGGCGGGUUUGAAUCAUGACCCGAGUAACUCUUGACUUGAAGUGAUGCUUUUGAAGUUGUGAGUCGGAUGGAGGCUUAACGGCUAACCAGAUCCGGAUGAACGAGUGUUUGAGAUUGCUUAUUAAAUGAUCCAUUUGUUAAUGUUUAAUACCAUCAAAGAGUUUUGAGUGUAAACAACAUUGUUCAUCUAAAAUAUUUUCCUGAUAUAUAUAAAUGAAAUAGAUAAUUUAAAAUGAA